CCAGCCACGAUGUUAAACUUGAUGAAAUCUGUUUGGACUCCACUAAAGCCCUACUAUACCCAGGUUUACCAGGAGAUCUGGGUAGGAAUGGGUGUGAUGGGGUUAAUUGUUUACAAAAUUAGGAGUCCUGAUAAAAAAGCCAAAUCUUUGAAAGGUACAGAUUCAGCUACUCCUGCUCAUGGACAUCAUUAA